AUUCUGAUAGAUGGCUUUUGUAAGCAUAGCUGUCUUGAUAUGGCAUUGGAUCUAUUUCAUGAAAUGCAAAAGAAAUUAUUGAAGCCUAGCCUUGUUGUCUAUAGUACUCUAAUUGAUGGUCUGUUCAAAGCUGGAAAGGUUAAAGAUGCAAAGGAAUUGUUUGCUAGACUUUCCAUAGAAGGGUUGCAUCCUGAUGUUUUGACAUACACUAUAAUGGUCAAAGGAUUUUGUAAAGAAGGAUUAUUAGAUGAAGCAUUAAAGGUUUUUAGGAAAAUGGAACAGAAUGGUUGCUCACCAGAUGAUUGCUCUUAUAAUGUGAUUAUCCAAGGAUAUCUCCGGAUCAAAGAUUUGUCAAUGGCAACAAAACUAAUUGAUGAAAUGGUUGGCAAGGGGUUUUCUGCAGAUGCCACUACUGUGGAGUUGGUAGUAAAUGAUGAUCUGCUCGUAAAAAAAGCUUUUGAGCUGCUCUAAAAUUUCUCAAAGUGAAAGUUGAGUUUAAUUGUUAUGCAGUUACAGGAGGUAUUGUUCUGUUUUGAGUUUAAUUCAGUGGCUUCUGGUUCUAUAUAUUUGCUGCAGUUGGCCUUGGCAAUAAUUUGCAAUAUUAAUUGUUUUAUUUGCUUUCUUUCUCUUGAACUUGCUGCAUACCCAUUGAACGCGGCAUAGAAAAGCAGCACACUCGAUUAAAAGAGGGAACUGAUUGUUUAUUUUUCAUUUGUUUACUCUCCCUGUCCUAUUUUAUGUGCCUUUGACGUGAUAAAUCAAAAUAGAGUUUUAUUUCGAUCU